UAAUAUUUACAAGUGCGACACAGAUGUAACACGUCGAACGUGAUUCGCGGUAGGCCCUCUGGCUCUACAUGGGUUCUACAGCUUCUACAAUGGUCUAUGGUCGUUUCAUCUGUCAGUCUAAUGUCAAGCAAACCGAGAUGAACAAGACGACAUUCCACUCCAGCAAGAUUUUUGCCACCUAUGGGAGGAGAGAAUGGAAUCUUUGUGUUUUAUUAUUUAGGAGAAAAUAUGUUUGAAACGUGGCAUUUAUGUGAUCUAAUAUGGCAAAUGUAAAAAAUCUAUAUGUAGUAUAUGAAACAUAGACAGUGAUCUGGUUAUUAUAAGAAUGGUGUAAAGUGGAGUCGUAAGAGAAAAGUGUUAAAUAUGUACAUGAAAUAUGUCUUUGUUUUUUCCCUCUAUUUCAUGCUCGACUAUACGUCGUCAAUGCACAUAAAGGGUGAAUUUUCUACAAAUGAGUUCUUCAAAUUCGUAGUCAAAUUUGGCUUUCAGAAAACUGACAUCCAUUACCAAAAAGAAACAUAUGGAUUCAUAUUCGGCAAUAUCACAUCGAAAGAGCGUUUUAUGUAUCCUAUCACGUUUGCUGUGUUGAACAGGCAUCAUUUUAUUCAUUAUUAUAAAAAUCGGGAUAUAGAAAACAAGGAGCUGGCAUGUCAAGUCAUGUUUCAGAACUUGAAUACAUCUGCCUACCAUCCUAAGUGUAAUGCCGGAGGACAGGAUUUUUUUCGGCGCAUCCCUUGCCCAAAAAACGAAGUUUGCGUUGAUGAAGACUCCCUCUGGAAUGUUGUAAAGAAAAGUCAAUUUACUUAUGACAUUGAGAACCCAGGCCAACCAAGGUUCUGGUAUGUGUCCAUGGUAUCCUGCUAUCUCAAUGAGACAACAUGCACAUGGCAUCAUUACACAGGAGCACCAUCAAAAGACAAUAAAACCAUGACCAAUGUCCCACAAAAAGUCCAAUAUGACUUUUGGCUCGUUAAUGGGAAUCCCAAUCAAAGUCUAUACAAUAGCCUGAUGUACCAAUUUUCAUUUGAGCAUCAAAACACCCUUGAAUUGUAUUUGGUGUUUCUGCUUUGCUAUAUUGUCCUUGUACCAGUGCAAAUUUAUGCUGUCAGGACACAGAAACACCCAGUUACAAAGUUAUUCACCUGCAGUCUCAUACUGGAGUUUGGUGCCAUUUGCUUCAAUUUCCUGCACACAGUGAAGUUUGCCGCAGAUGGUGUAGGAUUCACUGGACUUGAUGUGGCUGGGGACAUACUGGAUAUUAUGAGCCGGACCCUUUUUAUGCUGCUGCUACUGUUAUUGGCAAAAGGCUGGGCAGUGACAAGAUUGGAGCUUACAUACAAGCCGUUGGUUUUUGGCGUGUGGCUGGCAUAUGGCAUCGUACAUAUAUUGCUGUAUGUGUGGAAUACAACGGAAGUAGACAUAAUAGAGGAAAUAGACGAAUACCAAACGUGGCCGGGCUGGCUCAUCCUCACCCUGCGCGUGGCCAUCAUGUCGUGGUUCGUGCUGGAGCUACGCAACACGAUGAUGUACGAGCACAACAUGGCCAAGCUGAACUUCCUGCUGCACUUCGGCGCCUCGAGCCUGGUGUGGUUCGUGUAUCUGCCGGUCAUUGCUUUGAUAGCACUGCAGAUUAGCCCAUUGUGGAGGUUUAAGUUUUUACUCGGUAUAACAUAUUCGGCGGACUGCCUGGCGUUCUGCGUGAUGACACAUUUGCUGUGGCCCACUCGAUCGGAACAGUACUUGCUGCUGGCUCCCUCUGACUACACAGCUGGCAUCGAGGAACUGGACGAAUUCAACGAGUCGCCGCACGUGGUGCACAGCGACACAGUGGCGCUCACGGCUGACAGCGUCAACGUCGACGAUGAGGACGUCAUCUUCACCCGCUCGCACAAGAACACCGUCUACUCAUAGCGGGACUAGACAAUACACAUACACCCGGGAGAAACUUCGACCAACACUUGUCCACGAGCCAGUCGUCGGUUGGAGCGGGCUAAGUGAUCGUGAGUCAUUUUGCGAUUGUUGACAGGCUCAGCGUGUAAGACAAACUUUUGAGAGGAGGGCUGAUGAUGGCCAUUUUGAGCGGACGGUGGGAUAUAUGUAUAUGAGGUUUAUUAAUUCCCAUAUUUGGUCGGGUAAACUGCACUUAAGUGGGAUGUCGCACCAUUGUCAAAUUUUCAAUACCUAUGAUUAAAUGUCGAUCAGAGUGUAUAUUAGUCAUAAGCGCUAUCUGUGAAUACAAGUAUACAACGCGUAUUAUGAUAAAGUGCAUCUGUUGUAAUACCUACAGUGUUUACAAACGACUGCACAGUACCGAUAAAGAAAAAAAAAAC